CGCCGUGCCGAAAACACGGCUGCAGCGUGUCGUGCAUCCCUUCGGCUGGAUGGGCACUCCGUUCUCUCCGUGACGAUCUCGAACUUGUUGAUGUAUCUCGCGGUUCAGUCUUGAAACAUACGAGACAAACCUAACGAGAUUGAUAUCAACAGUGAUAUGCAUGGAAAUUUUGAUGGUUCGUGGAGUGUGUGAAUUUGAACGAAGAAGUAUCAGACUGUGAUAAACGAUUGGCAAAUAAAAUCGACACAUUGGAACCUAAGUAGAUAAGUUACGAUAAUAUGAACCAAUCGACAAAUGUAGAAUUAAAGUUGACGAAAAAAGGAAAGUCCAAUUCGAGGCCCGUGAGCAAAACGAUCGGUGAGAAAUGUCAAUCGUACGCUUCAAUGAUGUUACACCUACGGUUCUAUCGAAAAUUCGUUGCUUCAAAUUUGUAACGUCCUAACAAAUCCGAUAGUUAAAUAUAAACGCGGUAAAGCAUUCGAACGUAAUUGUCGAUCGAAGUUCCCGAUUGGAAACUGUUCGCGGGUGGCGGAAGAUUUCUCGAAGAUUAGCUGACUGACUGUUUCUCGUUUCGACCUAUCUACCUAACAUGUUCGGGUGUACGUAUAAAGAAUCAGAGACGUGGAGAGAGACUGGUAACGCGGUGGAACAGAGGAGCGUAAAUUAGGUGUACCAACUUGAAGAGAAGCUUUCAAGUAACGGUUCACUUUUUUCUUCGGAUCCGGGGUAAUGCUUGCAAAACAGAAGCCACUUUAAGACAGCAGGGUGAUAAUCGAGAAUGGGGACCGCAUGAUGCACGGAAAUGUGCAAAUUGCUGAGCGGAAGUCAUCGUCAAUGGACCGGGGGUAAAGCGCCAUGGCGAAUCAAACGGCUAAUUACUAUGGGGACGUUUAUCAAUGGAACCACACGGUAUCGACGGUCGACCGAGAUACGCAGUCGGAAUACUACCUACCGAAUUGGACGGAUCUCGUUUUGGCGGGGCUGUUCAUCAUGUUGAUCAUCGUCACUAUAGUGGGCAACACUCUAGUAAUUGCCGCUGUGAUAACAACUAGGCGUUUACGGUCUGUUACUAAUUGUUUCGUGUCCAGCCUGGCGGCUGCGGAUUUGCUGGUUGGCUUGGCUGUGAUGCCACCGGCGGUUUUGUUGCAGCUCACAGGUGGUACCUGGCAAUUGGGCGAGGUGCUCUGCGACUCAUGGGUCUCCCUCGAUAUUCUUCUCUGUACUGCCAGCAUCCUAUCGUUAUGCGCCAUAUCCAUAGACAGGUACCUAGCCGUAACUCAACCGCUGAUAUACAGUCGACGACGACGAAGCAAGAGAUUGGCUGGAUUGAUGAUUGUCGCAGUAUGGGUGCUAGCUGGCGCUAUCACCAGUCCACCUCUUCUGGGAUGCUUUCCACGUGCGACGAAUCGUGACACUAAAAAAUGCUCGUACAACAUGGACUCUUCAUACGUGAUAUUUUCCGCGAUGGGUUCUUUUUUCCUACCGAUGUUGGUAAUGCUUUACGUAUACGGCAGAAUAUCCUGCGUGAUUGCCAGUCGACACAGAAAUCUCGAAGCUACCGAGAGCGAAAACAUUCGACCACGUCGCAACGUUUUGAUCGAGCGUGCAAAGAGCAUCAGAGUACGAAGAACAGAAUGCGUAACCAGUAGCGUGACAUGCGACAGGGCAUCCGACGAAGCGGAACCUCCCAGCACGAGCAAAAGGUCUGGGAUUGUCCGCAGCCAUCAGCAGAGUUGCAUCAACAGAGUUGCACGAGAGACAAAAACCGCCGCCACUUUAGCAGUGGUCGUAGGUGGAUUCGUCGCCUGUUGGUUACCAUUCUUCAUCCUCUACUUGGCCACCCCUUUCGUGCCUAUGGAACCACCAGAUAUUCUGAUGCCUGCGCUAACUUGGCUAGGCUGGAUUAAUUCGGCUAUAAAUCCAUUCAUUUAUGCCUUCUACUCGGCCGACUUCAGGCUUGCAUUCUGGCGAUUGACUUGCCGAAAAUGCUUCAAAACUAGAACUAAUUUGGAUCGCAGCAAUCGGAAAUUACCAGCUCCGGCUAAUUGGAAGAAGGACAACAUGGAAGACGUGAAAAUCGGGGAAUGAACGUUGGAACGAAUAUCCUUCGAUCGUGAUCGUCAAGAGGAUCACUGUGAUUUAUUCAAUAGCGCUAAUUACAUCGAUCACAUUCAUCUAAUUUAUACGAAACGUGAAAUCUCGCAAACGUCACUGAAUUUUUUCAUAAUUUAAUUACAGUCAAAUGAUAUGAUAAUAUGCGAAUAUUUGUAUUAUUCGGAAGAUAUUACACAUAUUCGCCACACAUUGCAGGUAUAGAGAUAUACAUUUACAGUUAUCAAUACAUUUUUAUAUAUAAUAGGAAUUGUAACGUCAAAUGUAACGUAGAUCAAAGAAAGAAUUAUAAUUAAUUUGAAUUUUUUCUCCAUAGUAUAACGCAGAAAAAGAAAAAAUUACUAUUUUAAUACUGAAAUCCCGACUCAUCCAAAUAAUACACUUAUUCGCACAUCUCAAGCAUUGUAAUCGGACAAUCGCGCAUACCACACGCACAAUGACUGCACAAUUCAUAUAUUCGUUCGACUAACAUAGCGAACAAACGAGAAGUAAGGAUAUUUAUUUAGCAAAAUAGUGGCAACACAUUUGUUGCAUUCGGUUGUAUCGAUAUCAACAUGUAUACAUGAACAUUAUUCACGCGGAUCCACUUCGUAGAAACCCACCAACAAUAAAUAAUAAUCGAUCGUAGGAAAUAGUCUUCCUUUUGUCAUUACAGUAUCCUGUCUGUAUUUAUCGACGCAUAGAUAUCUGUUGAUGUAGAAAGUAUGCAAGUAUACGGAUUUUAUAACGUC